CCGAGCACCUCAGUUUCCCGUGCGGCCAGCUUGUCCUCCACCUACGGCCAUGCUGAGGGUGUCUUCCUACCGCCGGUUCUUUGAAGAAGAGCAGUGGACCGGGGCCGGUGGGAUCAGCCGGCGCUGUGCAGAACAAUACCGCCCAUCUGCCAGGGCCUUAGAUGGCCCCUGGGGGGAGCCGGACUUUGAAGAGGCACGCACGCAGAACAAAGAGGCUGUGUCUCGAUUUGUGCAGGAACGUGGCGUUAUUGCUGCACUCAAUGACCGGCUGGCUGUUCUUGUUGAAAUGGUGAGGUGUCUGGAGGAGGAGAACAAGUCCCUAGAGUGUGAAAUUCUAGAACUAGAGGGGAAGCAGAGCGGGGAGGGGACAGUUGACCACAGAGGACUUCCUGACUACAGCUUGGAGGCCGUGGUGGAGAAGCUGAGAAGAGAGAAGGGGGACACUCUGUGUGAUGUCACUGAGCUGAAACGAGAGUUAGAGCAUUUGCAAGUGCAGCAUGCAGAAGUGGAAGCUCAAAGGUCCCUCAUCCAUAACGCCAGGGAGGAUGUCGCUUUGGAUGUGGAUGCAGUGACCGCAGAGUGCCUGGCCCUGAGGGACCAGCUGAACAUCUUCGAGCAGCAGCUUGCCGCCAUACAGGAAGCACAUGAGAUGACGGUUGAGAACCUGGUAGAGCCUGGAGAAAACAUUGUUGCGCUCGCCCUGGAGUUUCCCAGGCCUGAUGUUGCCCCUGCCAUCCAGGAGAUCAAGGAGUACUACCAAGAGCUUGCAGAGAGCCUGCAGUACGAACUGAAAUUGGCAGCACCCUAUCCAAUGCUGGCAGAGAGGGAGGCAGCCGCCGUCUCUGCCAGAGCGCUCCAUGCUGGCAAAGUAGCUGACGUCACUGAGGCGAUGGACACCGGAGAGCUGAGGAGGCAGGUUGAAACCUUGCGGAGGGAGCUGGCCCAGCUGGAGCAGUGUGGCGGGCAGCUGGAGGGCGAGAUCGAGCAGAGGGGGGAGGCCCAUCUGCAGGAGAUUGAAGAGCUAGAGUGCUAUGCUGCAGACCUGAAGGCCGUUCAGCAGGACCUGGAGACCGAGAUGAGGGAGCACUGUGGGUGCUAUGAUGAGCUGCUCAAUGAGAAAAUGGCCCUGGAUAUCGAAAUCUGCGCCUAUAGGGGUUUAGUGCAGCAGGAAGAAGAGCGAUUGUGUUACCUGUGACACCAAGCGGAGAUGGGAUUUGCAGGCUGACAGAGAGGCACGUGCACGAGCAAUUAAUUAGCUUCUUAGAGAGGUUAACACUAACACACAUAGAAAACCAAUGCUUGUGUCAUCAUGAUCCGGCCGUUUUCUUUAGCUUGCUGGUCAGGGGCAGGUAAGACUUAUCCAACAAGAAUGAUGGGUGUUAUCUAUCAGCAAAGUGGGAGCGGGAAGCAGUGUCCUUGGAUUACAGCAUGACUGGGGGCUGGUUAGGGAAGGUCACGACGUCCCUUCUCGAGUUUCCAUAACCCCCCACUCCUUACCACAAUCACAGCCACAACCACUGAUAUCCCUCCCCUGUGUUUCCAUCCACCCCAAUCUUCAGAGACAGUGUGUUGCUGAGGCACUGAACUGCCGACUCUAGAGUGGCAGGUGAAAUAAAUGGCCCCCUUCUGCAAACACAGGCUGAUUACGGCCACUUAACCUCUGCUUCGUCCUGAAGUCGCCGGAUAUCAUUCAUGCUCAGAUAAGAUACCUUGAAGCCAUGAAUCAAGCCAGUGAUGCUAAUUACCUUGGUUUGUUUCACAGUCGGGCUUCUCUUAAGAUGCCUGAUCGUCCAUCAAGUCAUGCAUGUGAUAUUUCGCUCUGUGUCUCUGUAAAGGGUUAAUGAAACCCUAAAGCUCUUAUUCAAACAUAAAUUUGCUUAUGAUAAGCUUCUCGGUACAGGGCGGCAUAACAAUCACAUUUUUAGCUGGAGUGUCAGUUUGUGAGUGGAUUUUCAUAGUUAUUAUGACUCUACUCCAGCUGCAAAGUGCCACAAAAGCCACUACAGCGUUCAUGGCACAGAUUUCUACUCUAUUGCCUAUUGCGAUGAAAUUUAAAUUCCUGUAAAUCCUGUCAGGGCAGCCAGGAAACGGAGUAUGACUAUCGCAAAAAACAUGACCCCGAACAAAUAAAGAUUACUUCACCUCAGGCCUCUCACAGAUAUUAUGGUGAUUAAACCCUGAAUACGUGACCGACAGCAUGAAUGAAUCCUCUACUACGAGCGGCGCCUCUGACUGAGCCCCUGACUGGCACACGAGCACUGAGGACGGGGGCAAUGCAGCACAAACUUCUGCUGGAUUCUGCCGGUGCCCUUGGCAACGGCACCGGAGGACUGGAGAAUGCUGAAGGGUCCAUAUGACGUCUUUGUUGGUGGGCAGGAGAGGAGGCUGCUCCGUGUCUCAGGAUGAAGACUCUUGGUUCUGUGCUCCUCUUCAGUAGAUUGAACCCUCUGGGCUUGUCUCCAGACUCUCUGUGGACUGCCCCACUUCUCUGACCCCCCCUGGGACUAGACAUGGGCAGUGGUGCUGGGAGGGGGAAGUAGAAGAGCUGGAUAUGUAAUAGAAGCAUGAAUGGGGGAGGGGUGAUCAUCACAGGGUUAGAUCCAGCUUCCGUUCCCCUUGGGGGGGGUUUAAUUUAAAGCACUGCAUUCCUUCAAACUCAGACAUUAGCAUUUUAUAUAGAAGAUAAUUCAAAUGUAUUUCUUGUCUUACUUUAGCAGAGCUUAACAGCAGAGCUAUUAACAGCGAAUAAAGUUUGUGGAAAAAA